AUGGAUUGGUCCGCCAUCAUCUAUGCCACUGUCCUUCUGCUUGUUUUGCUGCCGCGGAGUGCUUCCGACGACCGGCUAGUCCUGGGCAAGCCGCUCGUUCCCGGCACCACCAUCGUCUCAGACGGCAGCGUCUUCGCGCUGGGUUUCUUCUCCCUCGCCGAUUCCACUCCUGCCAAUCUGUACCUUGGCAUAUGGUACAACGACAUCCCCAGGCUCACCGCCGUGUGGGUCGCCAACAGAGGAAACCCGGCCACAAGCGGCACCUCCUCCGCACCACCAGCGCUGACCCUGACCAAUUCCUCCAACCUCAUCCUGUCCGACGCCAGCGGUCGAGUUCUCUGGACGACCAACGUCACCGGUGUCUCGGGUUCAGCAGCCACCGCGGUGCUCCUCAACACCGGCAACCUCGUCAUCCGAUCUCCGAACGGAACCACCGCAUGGCAGAGCUUCGAGCACCCGGGCGACACGUUCCUCCCCGGCAUGAAGAUCCGGGUCAGGUACAGGUCUCGAGACGGCGAGCGCCUAGUUUCUUGGCAAGGCGCUGACGACCCCUCGCCGGGGAGCUUCACCUUCGGCAUGGACCCGGGCACGCUCAUGCAGGCCUUCAUCUGGAACGGGACGAGUCCGGUGGCGCGCACCACCCCGUGGACGGGCUACGCGACCAUCAGUGGCCAGUUCCAGGUGAACUCCAGCUCCAGCGUCGUCAUGGUUUCCCUGGCGGUCGUCAGAACCGAGGAAGAGAUGUAUCUAGCCUACAGCCUCCCCGACGGCAGCGCGCACACCAGGUUCGUGUUGACUUAUUCCGGCGAAUACCAGCUCCAGAGCUGGGGAUCGUCGGACUGGGCUGUCGUCGGCAAGUGGCCGGCCAACGAGUGCGACUUGUACGGCCAGUGUGACCCGUACGGUUACUGCGACGGCACGGUGACUGCCCCGACGACUCCGACGUGCAAGUGCCUCGAUGGUUGCGAGCCGGCGAGCCUGGAGGAGUGGAGCAGAGGCAGGUUUUCCCAGGGGUGCCCGCGGAAGGAGGCCCUGCGGUGUGGUGGUUUCGUGGCCUUGCCGGGGAUAAAACCGCCGGACAAGUUCGUGCUCGUUGAGAACCGGACCUCCGAGGAAUGCGCCAUGGACUGCGCCAACAACUUCUCCUGCGUGGCGUACGCCUAUGCCAACUUGAGCAGCAGAGGCACGAUGGGCGGGAUGAGGUGCUUGGUGUGGUCCGGGGAGUUGAUUGACACAGAGAGGGUGGGUGAUACUGCUGGCAGUGACACGCUGUACAUCCGGACUGCAGGCUUCGAUGCUGUAACAAGGCCAAAGAACAGCGCUGUAAAGAUUGUGCUUCCUGCAGUUUUGUUAAGUGGCAUUCUGAUACUCACAGUCACAGGCACUUCCCUUGCAUGGUUCAAGUUCAAAGCUGUAAGCUUCCAAGAUAUCACAGCUGUGACAAAUAACUUUGACAGAUCAUUUAUCAUUGGACAAGGAGGUUUUGGCAAAGUUUACAAGGUGACGCUAGAUGUUCGAGAAGUUGCCAUCAAAAGGCUCAGCAAGGAUUCCGCACAAGGGAUAGCGGAAUUCAGAAAUGAAGUUGUUUUAGUUGCCAAACUGCAGCACAAAAAUUUGGUUAGCUUUAUCAGUUGCUGCAUCGAGGGAGACGAAAAGCUUCUGGUGUUUGAGUACAUGCCUAACAAAAGCUUAGAUGCUCUGCUUUUCAAUAAUUCAAGAAAAACAAUGUUGGAUUGGCCAAUCCGAUUUAAUAUAAUCAAAGGGGUUGCAAGAGGACUUCUCUACCUCCACGAAGAUUCAAGAUUGACAAUAAUUCAUAGAGAUCUCAAGGCCACUAAUGUUCUUCUAGAUGGACCAAUGAGACCAAAGAUAGCAGACUUCGGCAUGAUAAGGAUAUUCAGUGAUAGCCAGGAAAAUGCAAACACUCAUCGUGUUGUUGGAACAUAUGGCUACAUAGCUCCUGAAUACCAAACCGAGGGCGUCUUUUCUGUCAAGUCUGACGUCUAUAGCUUUGGUGUGUUGGUCCUGGAGAUUGUUAGUGGCGUCAGGAUAAGCUCUACCGAUAAUAUCAAGGGAUCUCCGGGCCUUGUAGCCUAUGCAUGGAAGCUAUGGAACGAAGGGAACGCAAGUGACCUGGUGGACUCAUCCAUCGCGGAGAGCUGUGCGCUGGACGAAGCCUUGCUCUGCGUCCACGUAGGGCUCCUGUGCGUCCAGGACGACCCGAACGGCAGGCCGCUCAUGUCGUCCGUGGUGUCCAUCCUGGAGAACGGGAGCGUGUCUCUGCCGGCGCCGGAACAGCCGGCUUACUUCGCAGAGAGGAAUUGUAAUAAGGCAGUAGAAGGAGACGAUGUGCAGACCUCCAGGAACUCCAUGACCAUGACUGUCCUUCAGGGACGGUAG